ACGCCCCCAAACAGCCUUCCUGCCCGGCUACGUCAUGACGUCACCCUGCAUCAGCACCCACAGAGUAGUCGCAGCCAUUUUACUCCGCCAAAAUAAACUUCAAUCUCAUUGCUGGAGGAAACCAAAUCGCCGAGGACGACGCCGUUGUCAUUAUGGACACAUCGCCAUGAGCGCCAGCGCGGACGUUGUGGGGUUUCUGCUGUUGUCACGUCUGUUCUAAAUGGCUGUCAAAGUGUGCCAACUAGUCGGAAUACCUACUCAGACGUAUUCUGCCAAUGUAGCAACCUCACUCAACCAAAGGACUGUGACCUUACAUACCCGCCAAUCGCCUGGGACAACAUAUCCCUAUUUUGUCUCCUGACACAGGGAUGGAGCCCCAGGCUUCCCUGCAGCACCUUGGAGCAGAAGGGAUGUGUGUGCUGGUCCCCAGUCCACAGAGUGAAGCAGUGACCCAUGAGAUGGAGGAGUUGUCGCUGCAGCCCACCCAGAGACUGCCCCCGCUCAAUGAACGCAAAAACGUUCUGCAGUUGAGACUUCAGCAAAGACGAACUCGCGAGCAGUUGGUGGAUCAGGGCAUCAUGCCACCCCUGAAGAGUCCGGCUGCUUUCCAUGGGCAGAUCCGCAGCUUGGAGAGAGCAAGGACAGAGAAUUUCCUUAAGCACAAGAUCCGCAGUCGUCCAGAGAGAGCAGAACUGGUCAGGAUGCACAUCUUGCAAGAGACUGGAGCUGAGCCGUCACUACAGGCCACUCAGAUGAAGCUAAAGAGGGCCCGAUUGGCCGACAACUUGAAUGAGAAAAUUGCCCAGAGACCUGGUCCCAUGGAACUUAUAGAGAAAAACAUUAUACCUGUGGAUUCCAGCCUUAAACACGUCAUUAUAGGACAGGUGAAUUAUCAUAAAGUCUCGGAUGAGGACAGUAGUGAUGCCCUGUCUCCAGAGCAGCCUGCUAGCCAAGAAUCUCAGAGCUCUAUACCCUCACCUGUGGAGGUAAAAGGCCCAGAAACCCCCACUCCAGCGCCACUUCCUCCUAGCAUCUUACUGAAGUCCCCCCCAGCUGCUGUACAAUCCACCACAGACAGAAUGAAGGUAUUCACUGCGAAUGAGCAGCCUUCAAGCCGCCCUGCAGUAUCUGUUGCUCAUCCCAUCACUCCUUCCAAGCCAGGCCCAACACUGGUGAAACAAAGCCAGCAAAAGACGCCGUCUGAGAAGAGCCGCAAGAAAGGCAAAGAGGCCAAACCCAGAGUGAAAAAGCUCAAGUACCAUCAGUAUGUUCCACCAGACCAGAAGCAGGAGGCCUGUGAGGCACAGAUGGAUUCAUCCUAUGCCAGACUUCUAGAGCAGCAACAGUUGUUUCUCCAACUACAGAUCCUCAGCCAGCAACAGCAGCACUACAACUAUCAAACUAUUUUACCUGCCCCGCUCAAGCCCGUGACAGAGGGCCAGAGCGGCAGUCCGAGCACCCUACCGACCUCCAUUGUUGUUUCUUUGCCCACUGCACCUCCACCACCCACACUGCCUCUGGCACGGCAGAACAACUCCUUAUCGAGCCGUAAGCCCGGAGUCUUGCCUCCCAACCUGGAGGAGAUGAAGGUUGCUGAGCUGAAGCUGGAGCUGAAACUACGUGGCCUCCCUGUGUCAGGAACUAAAAUGGAUCUGAUCGAAAGACUAAAGCCCUUCCAGGAUAGUCCUAGCUCGCCUGCUCUGACCACUAUUCCCUCACCUGCCACCACCACUCUCACCGCCAUUCCCAUGGAGAUCGUCACCACCAAUACCAGACCUGCUGGCACCCAUCCACUCCAGCAAGUGGCCACUGAGAUUAUAAAUUCCACGCCUCCUGUCUCGCCCCCGACUCCCAAAGGUCUUUUUAGCUUCCGGCAGGAUGUAGGCCUGUCUGACGCAAAUUGUGAGCCAUCAGGGCCCACACCUCUCCCUCCAUUGCCUGUCCCAGAAAAGGACAAGAGGCUCCAUGAGAAGGAGCAACAGAUUGAAGAGCUAAUGAGGAAGCUUGAGCACGAGCAAAAGUUGGUGGAGGAGCUGAAGAUGCAGCUGGAGGUAGAGAAGAGGACUCAGAGCAGCACUGACUCUCCAUUUGUAGUAUCAAGUUCUAUGAGCCCUGUUUCAACAGUCCUCAAUACAAACACUGUAAAACUGGAGCAACCGACCUUGUCAAACUGUUCUCCAUCUUCCUUUCCUAAUUCUCUUUUGGGCUCCCAGACUCUUACUAACCCGCUGCAAAAUGUGGUGAAGUUGGAGGACAUGACUGUGUGUUCUGGCAAACCUGUCCAACUUCCGCCUCAAACGCAGAUCCUCACGCAUACUCAAGGCCAAGUUAGCAGCAGCCCACAGUCUCUCCAGAGAAGUCCCAAACUUAACAACCAGCAACAAUCCCAACCCGCCGCCCCCAACUUGCAGCAGUUCUUCAUCAGCCAUUCUGGCGGGGUUUCCCAGAUGCUUGGUCAACAUCAGACUCUGCUGACCACAACUGGUCAGACUGGAACUCAGAUUCUGCUCCCUGUGUCACUACCCAACAACACAACCUCCAUCCAGCUGCCGAGCACCACGGUCAGCCUACAGCCUGUCCUUCAGGCAACUGUCUCAAAUCCAGGCCGAGUCCAGGCCUCCAUUCCUCAGCUGCCGACCACCAAGAUGGAGACAUUCCCCAGUCAGCAGUUAGUCAACCACAACUCAUUGCUGCAGACUUUAUCAAUGUGCACUAACACCAUGGACACAAAGAACCACACAAGGCCUGAGGUAAAUCCCCGGUGUUUCUUGAGGAGCUCCCCGGAUAGCAGAGCCUCUCCUCGGCCAUCGCCCAGUCACAUCUCCAAUGGGCCCCUCAAUAAGUCUUCCUCGGCAACCCAGCCCAACUUGAUCCUGCAGCCUGCAUCUUUGCUUUCUCAGCUUCCCAAUACAAAAGAACCUCCUCGCUAUGAGGACGCUGUCAAACAGAGCCGCAACAUGCACGUCAACAACGUUUCACAGGUUGCCACAGCAACCAGUCAGCAAAUGGAUGACUUGUUUGACAUCCUCAUACAGAGUGGAGAAAUGACUCCGUUUAUCCCGCAUGAUGGUCUGACUAAGAGCCACCCGGUCACAGCUAGCGUCAGCAUGCUUCCCCUCAACAGCGCCCUCUACAGAUCCCCGCCACACAUCCAGUUGGCCCCUCCCCCCUCGCUGAGUCCCGCCAUGGACCCCGGCCUGGCCAACCUCUCCUCGCUGGCCACCGACAACCAGCUUGAAGCCUUCCUGGAGAGGACGCUGGCCGACACGCCGUCAGCAUCAGACCCGCGCACGCAGGGCCUUAUGGAAGAGCUGCAGGCGCAGCUGAUGGACCAGCAUCCCUACUCGCCCAUGGACACGUCCGACAUGUCCUUCUGCGACUCCUCCUCCUCACCGCCGUCCUCGCUCAACAUGGCUUUGUCCGACCCGGCGCUGGACAACAUGGAGUGGUUGGACCUCACCAUGCCUCCGGGCUCAGGCGGGAUCCCUGCGGACUUCCUGGACUCGCACGACAUGCAGCUGCACUGGGAAUGACGCGCCGUCGCAAGAUGGAGAAGAGCACUGAUGGCGUGGGUAACAGUCCAACUUCAACCACGUGGAACUACACGCAGGAGUUUGCACAGCUGUCCAAAAAAAAUGAUGUCAUCACUUCGGUGGCUAGAAGGCUAGAAACAAAAAAAGGUUUGAUAUCAAAGAGGCGGAGCCAAUUGGACUUGAGUAGCAUGGACUAUCUGUACAUAAGAAGAACAUGGCUCAUAAACAUGAUCCUGCCAUAUUGUGACCCGUGUGCACGUCCUGCAUGUUUGCUGACUCAUCAACGACGCAGAGGAACAAACAUCCACAAAAACUAUCUGGGAAGAAACACAGGUGAGAGCUAUGCACUACAGAGGCGUGACCAGGCCUCCACUUUGAUGACGUCACAGAUUUGUCCACACGUCUCUCUUUUAUGAAUGUAUUUUGUCAGGUGAGGGAACUCUGGUAAUCACGGCAGCUUUGUGACUGUGCAAAGGGAACAAAUGUAGGCCUCACAUUUUAGGUCCAUCCAUAUCCGACUGUCCUGCUGUGUGUGUGAGUGUGUGUUUUCCUGUAUUUCUACCCUUCUUGAGAAAUUAACUAGGAAAAGUACCUUCCAUAUGAGGAGUGGUGAACAAGUUAGGACAUACAUCAUGGUCUCAAUAAGGAAAACCAUUGCAUCUAAUAGAGAAAGUCUCAUUUGCACCCCUGGUGGUGAAAUCUAUCAAAAUCCGGGCGGUCCCAAAGAGGAUGGAUUUUUCAAAUUGACUGUGUGUCGGUUUUUAAAGUGCUCCCCCUCUGGUCAACAUAUGAAAUAACAAGUGUGUUUAAAAAUGUUAGGUGCUCCCCCUCUGGCCAACAUAUGUAAUAACAAGUGUGUGUAAGAAAUUGAAAUGCACCCCCUUUAGCCCAAAAUUAAUAAUAAAAAAUAAAUAUGUAUAGAGACAUACUGUAAUAACUUGAAGUAAAUAAUGAAGAUUAAAAACCAAUUACAAACUAAACCCCCCCCCCCCAAAAAAAUAACUAAAAGCUUACCUUUUUAAUAUUUGGCAUAUAUGUAUAUAUUAUUGAUGUUGUAAAUACACAUCUUUAUAUAUCUAGAAAGGGUGGUCCUAAAGAGGUAGGCAUUUUCUGAGGUCUCAAGAAGGUAACAAACACAAGAAUGUACAUGUGUGUGUCAUCAAUGCUAUCAUUAGAAUAGUCAGAGUUAAAAAAAACUAACCUAAUUGGACUUUUGUAGCAACGUUUCCAUAGUUAGAAUUGACAUAGUCAGUUCCAGGGUCAAACUGUCACCAUCACGAACAAUUCAGGCAUUUUAACAUCAUGACACAGGUGUGGAACUGCAUGGUGUUGUCCUACCUGGUCGUGAAAGUGUAAAAAGAAGUUCACGGCUGUGUAGUAAAACUUCGAAACAACCCAGGAGUACUCAUGUUCACUCUGGUGAGAGCAGAAAUAAUCACAGUGGUGUUGAUUGUAGGUCAGUGGUUCUUAACCUUGUUGGAGGUACCGAAACCCACCAGUUUCAUGUGUGCAUUCACCGAACCCUUUUUUAGUGAGAAAUACAAAUGUUUUUCAAAUUCGAGAUAAAGUUAUACCGUAUUUUUCGGAGUAUAAUCACUCCGGAGUAUAAGUUGCACCUGCCGAAAAUGCAUAAUAAUGAAGGGAAAAAUGCAUAUAAGUCGCACUGGAGUAUAAGUCGCAUUUUUAGGGGAAAUUUAUUUGAUAAAAUCCAACACCAAGAUUAGACAUUUGAAAGGCAAUUUAAAAUAAAUGAAGAAUAGUGGACAGGCUGAAUAAGUGUACGUUAUAUGACACAUAAAUAACCAACUGAGAAAGUGCCUGAUAUGUUAACGUAACAUAUUAUGGUAAGAGUCAUUCAAACAACUAUAACAUAUAGAACAGUGGUUCUCAAAUGGGGGUGCGCGUACCCCUGGGGGUACUUGAAGGUAUGCCAAGGGGUACGUGAGAUUUUAAAAAAUUCUAAAAAUUGCAACAAUUCAAAAAUCCUUUAUAAAUAUGUUUAAUGAAUAAUACUUCAACAAAAUAUGAAUGUAAGUUCAUAAACUGUGAAAAGAAAUGCAACAAUGCAAUAUUCAAUGUUGACAGUUAGAUUUUUUGUGGAAAUGUUCCAUAAAUAUUGAUGUUAAAGAUAUCUUUUUUUGUGAAGAAAUUAGAAUUAAGUUUGUGAAUCCAGAUGGAUCUCUAGUACAAUCCCCAAAGAAGGCACUUUAAGUUGAUGAUUACUCCUAUGUGUAGAAAUUUGUAUUCAUAAUUGAAUCACUUGUUUAUUUUUCAACACGUUUUUAGUUAUUUUUAUAUCUUUUUAUCCAAAUAGUUCAAGAAAGACCACUACAAAUGAGCAAUAAUUUGCACUGUUAGACAAUUUAAUAAAUCAAAAACUGAUGACAUAGUGCUGUAUUUAACUUCUGUAUCUCUUUUUUUCAACCAAAAAUGCUUUGCUCUGAUUAGGGGGUACUUGAAUUAUAAAAAUGUUCACAGGGGGUACAUCACUGAAAAAAGGUUGAGAACCACUGAUAUAGAACAUGCUCUACGUUUACCAAACAAUCUGUCACUCCUAAUCGCUAAAUCCCAUGAAAUCUCAUACGUCUAGUCUCUUACGUGAAUGAGCUAAAUAAUAUUAUUUGAUAUUUUGCGGUAAUGUGUUAAUAAUUUCACACAUAAGUCGCACCCCUGGCUAAACUAUGAAAAAAAUGUGACUUAUAGUUCGAAAAAUAUGGUAUGUUUUUUUUUUACUGGUGCACAGAAUGAACCGUGCAUGAAUAUCACCUUGUUCAAAGAAGAAAACCAACAUGAACUCACAACACAUUACACACUUGCAAAUCAGAUGGAAAAUUAGAAGGAACAUUGUUUUGGUGUAUCCGUAAUACGCCAAUAGGGAGAAGUUUUUAUUUACACUAUAAGUCGGGAGUAGCUUCACCUCAGCCGCAGAGGCUCCGCCGAACCCCUGAGGCCGACUCACCGAACCCAGGUUAAGAACCACUGUUGUAGGUGGAGGUGCAAGGUGCUGCCAUGUUUAAAAGUCCACCCCAGCUGACUUGGGGACAGCCAAUCACAAGGUGCAUAUAACCAGACAGACUUUUGAUUCCAAAUAUAUUUUUGGAUGUGGUAGAAAGCAGGAGUGAACCCACACAAACCUGCGAGGCGCAUGAGCCCCCCACUCGUCCACCGUUCUGUCUUUUGAAGAGUCUACUAAAAAGAAGCACAAUACUGGCUGCAACCAGCAGGAGGCGGUGUUAGGCCAGGCGCCAAUAUAAUAUAUGUAAUAAUCUGACGUCCUGUGCGGAAAAAUCUUACUUUUAGAAAUGUAUAAAUGAAUUAAACAAAUUUAAAGUUGUUCUUUAUGUUGUACUGACUAGCCUCGGAUGACAAAACAAUAACUGUUCUAAAAUAAGAAGGAUUUUCGAAGUCGCGUGGGUUGUGUGGGCGUGUCGCCAGCAGCUUUAUGUCUUUGUGGCGCAUUGUCCGUGCAGUGUUCACGUCCUCCGGUCAUUCCCCCCCCGUGGCCUCAAGAGGGCGCUAUUACUGCUUUAAUUCUCCACACGCAACUUUACAUAGAUGUGAUUCCAUGUGGAGCCUUUUGUCACUUGAGCCAACAUUACUAACGAGUUUUUUUUUUUUUUUUACAUUUGAUGUUCGCCUUUAAGGGUGUCAAAUUGAAUGUUUUAUGGACAAAACAAGGCAUUGGACUUUAUUAUCACUUUUUUCAGGUUGAUUUAUAAUGAUUAUUAUUUUUCUUACCACUACUUUGGUUUGCAUUUGAUCUUGUUCUACUGAUAUAUUUGUCAUAUCGGCCCUCGGUGAUCGGAGCCCGACUGGCCAGUGAAGGUCAGCUCGUACGUUACUGUAACCAUGACAACCGUGUACUGUACUUUGCUGCAUGUGAUAACAGUUGUUAAGAAUCUAUUACGGUGUUUCUGGAUAACUCCUGGGCUUCCCUUUACUGACUGCAGUUUAUCGCCAUGGUAACAGUAACAUCAAUUCUGACUAUUCUGGGAUUUAAAAAAGAAUAAAAAAUCACCCUUCCCUUCCACCUUUUGUUUGCCUGCCAUAUGUUUUGCACAUUGUGUACAUACUUCUAUAGAUGUAAGUCAUAUUUUUAUACAUGUUUACAAUCACGGGCUCUCUAUGUUGUAAAUACUUCAAAGGAUGUAAGGCCUUUUAUGUGAAGAUAAUAAAAUUGGUGUACUAUGA